CCAGAUGCCAGCAGCGUGUCUUUGGGUUCCCGACAGUCAGAAUCACACUCAUCCACAAGUGAGAGCGAGGAAGAGAAUAAAGCUAAAGUAAAAAUGGAAAUAAAUCCCCAAUCACCAUCUUUAGGAAGGAAGUUCAGAAGGCAUCCAAAUGCUUCUCUGAUAAACUUUUCUCACAGUCCAAAGGAGGACACCAACAUCAAACUAGAAAAGUACACAGUCAUUACUGAUGACAUGUUGAACAAAGCAACAACUGACACCAUCAGCACAACACCAGAGAUCAGCCCAGACCUUCAGACAAGGUGGGCUAUGAUGAAACUUGGCAUCUCCCGCACCCGACAGCGCCUUGAAAUCACAUCACAUACCAAAGAAUCACCCAGUUUAACAACAUCAUCACCCUCAUCUGACUCCCAGUACUCCUCCAGCAGUGAAGGUGGACAAGGCAGGAGGCCAGGACUAAAGAAAAGGGUGCAAGAAAAAACCCACACAGAAAAAAUGGUGAAAUAUCCAGAUGACAAGUACAGAACUACAGUAGAAGUAGAAGAGAGAGUUAAAGAAAACUACAGCUUCCUUCAAAAUGAACAAAAGUCAAAGCCAGAUCCCAUGGUGCUUGAUUUUGGCACUUCUCAGACUAAGAGUUACCUGGAUAUUGGGGUGAGUGAAAAGACUCCUGUUACACCAUCACAGCAAAGCUCUCAUUCCUCUUCAAGCAGCAGCAGCAGCGAUGAUGAGACAAUAGACCACAGUGUUCCUGACCUGAGAGCUGGCGUCCCUCGCAUCAAAAGGCGUCUUAAUAUAAGAGCACCAUCACCAGAGCCAAGUAGUUCCCCAUCUUCCUGCAGUGAGAAUGAAAGUGAUGCAGUAGGAUACAAAUCAAUACAAAGCACACAUGCAUCAAAUAUUUUAACAGAAGACAACUCUCUGAUCACUUAUAAACGUUCAAUUAUCAAAGCAUCUCCGCUUUCUAGCAGCUCUUUCACCACAAGUAGCAGGAGCCAAACAAAACAAACACCUACAGUGGCUGACAUGUUAACUGUUGCACAAGAGGGUGCAGGAGACAGACCUCUUGCUCUAGUAAGUGGCUCAAGAAUGAGCUUUAGUAAUACAAUACAGAGCAGGAUCGAACAGUCUAGAUCCAACACAGAUCUGAACCUGCCACGUGAGAUAAGGUGGACCGGUGUCGGUCAUCGUCUGCCUGACUCUUCAAUCUCCAAACCAAGGAGUGCGUAUGCCGCAUUUAUGUCUCUGCCGCAGGCCUCACCUGCACGUGACUUCUCCAGGAGUACAAGUGCUGCUGAAAUAAUGCAAGACAGUGGGAAAUCAGAUGUGACACUCACACAUAAAUACUCGUCACUUGGUGCCACAAGUGUUUCUCCUUUAUCCAGUGAUGCUAGUGACAAGGGUGGCAGCUCACUGAGCAGAACAAAUGAGACAUCGGGAGCUGUAUCUGAGGACAAGAAGGAAAAUAGAGGCCUUGGUGCCAUAAAAAACAUGGCAAUGGACAGAAGAAUGUGGGACAUGGAUGACAGAAGGGCUGGAAGUUUGAUGUAUGGGAUUCCCCGCUACAGGAGGCGUGACAUUACACCACCACAGGAUGCUCCACCUCCUGUUCCAGACACACCUCUACCGGAUUACUGAGCUAGGUUCACAGAGAGGAAACAUGAAGGAAUCAGUGAUGUUCAAAUACAUAUGUCUGUGAUGAGAGUUCAUUUUUAAAUGUGCUGAUAACUAACAGAUAUCCUUAAUUUUUCAUGUAGAAAACUUAAAAUUAAAUAUGAGCAAAUGAUUGCAAACAGCAAAGAUGAAGAAACCUUGUUUAUUGUUCAGAUUUGUCUAGUUUCUGUAAAUCCUGCAUCAAAAGAUUCCUUCCAAUAAAAAGCUUUACAAUGA